ACAGCUGGCUAUGGUCAAAAAAAUGUCAUCCGAAGCCCCGGAGAUUGACCUAGACGCUGUUUAUCACAAUAGCGUGUGCUAGAGGUAACGAAACAGUUAACAAUUGAGCUGUGGACGCAAGGAUCUCCUGAAGCUGCUGUCUGAUACGUUGCUUCGUUACUUUUCUAAUCAGCAAAUUAUUCAAGGUUGGGAAUGAACAUGAAUUCUACGGCUAAUGGAAGUGAAACGCGAGUCUUUGAUCCGAAAAAUAUCGCGUUUAUAGUUAUCGCACUGUUGAUUGUGGUAUUUAAUGGUUUUGUAAUAUAUAUUGUGAAAAAUCGAAAAACACCACGUAGUAUUGGGAGCAGUGAGAAUAGCAUUUUGACAAGCUUAGCUGCAAGCGACUUUUCAUCUGGUGCUAUUGGCAUUCCUUUAACGUUUGCGUGUACUUACGCUCCUCCCAAUUAUUGUCCAAUGUGUUCCAUAAGUUACUACUUCAUAAAAUUUGUGUCCAUUUCCACAGUUCUUCAUAUUUUAGCUCUUAUUAGAGAGAGAAGUCUUACAGUGGCUCACCCGCUUCGUCAAAGAAGCAAGAAAGCCAACAUUAUAUUGAUAGCAGGGAUUUGGCUGUGUAGUCUGUUUAUGUCUAGUGUUCCCUGGAUUUGGAUCGUUGGAGUCCACGGCGUUUGUUCUAAUAAAAGAUUUGAGGAAACGUGGAAUCCAUACACCGUACACGAAAGUGUUUGUUUUCUGCUUUUUUUUGUCAUUCCGCUGCUCUUUAUUAGCAUAUUUCUGGGAAGAAUCGCAAUAGCCGUACAUCAUUUCACAAAACGGUCUUGCAGUAUGCGCAGCUUUAAAAGCGUCAAUGAACAAGCUCGAUUUCGCAAUAACGAAGUGAGAAUUUUCUUCCUAUUGCUUGGCGUAUUUCUCCUUUUUGUCGUGUGCUGGACACCGUACUUCGUGUUGACGCUGUUAUCUAUUCAUGAUGUUCACAUCGAUGUCCCUGACUGGCUUGAGUUUGCCGUGCAAUUCUCACGUUGUGUAACAAGCUUUCUAAAUCCAUUCAUCUAUGCAUUUUAUCGAGAAGACAUUUAUCAAGUCAUAAAAAGAAAACUGCGUCGCUUAGAUUUUUCUUCUAGUGUCUCUCGAGAAGAUACAUCUGUCUUCCGUCGUCAAAAAGCCACUCAAGUAACACUUGAGCUUGUUUCCAAUUGAAACAUCAAAAUGCAAGAGACAAUAAAGUGGUGACCGCAUUCUAAAUAGUCACACAAAUGUUUCUGAGCCCUAUUUUACGAAUAAUGAUAAUUCUGAUAUAGAGCAGGAUUUGAACUUGAAUACUAUUCUACGGCACAGAGUUUGGUACGUUUCGUUUUUAGACUUACAUGUGCUCCUUUUAGCAGAACUAUUAUUCCAUGCAAUUCUGAAUAUACAACUAAUAUUAUAUUGUACUAUUGUAUUAUACUAACUACAUUCUAAAUAUACAACUUUACAUGCGUGCGUAUAUCAUAUAGUGCGACCAACGCCUGCAUUCCAGAAGCUUGCGGCUUUACACUCAUUAAAGUGCAACUCGGAAAUCUCUCUCCCACUGAUUGGUGGCAACCUUAUUUUUACAUUAAUGAAAAGACUUUUCUGGUGUGUUUCAAAUCUUGUAAUCAGGUAGAUCUAAAGCCCCACUCAGAGAGAAUGAGUGUGAGCAAGCUUUUAGAAUACAGGUGUAAGUCUGCACGGGUGCUAAAAUAAAAGAAUAUUUACAAUUUGCCAUACGCUGGGAAUUGCAUGGAAUAAUUGUUAUGCGUAUGGUCUGUCCAAUGUGAAUAUUAUACACGCAUCGCCUAUACUUGAAGCAGGGCGUUAAAUGUAGCUAGAGCGUUAAUUGGGGGGGGGGGAGGGUGAAUAUUCAUAAAGUUUGUUGUGCCCGACUGAUAUCUUUUGAAAGCCACUAAAUUGCCUAAGAGCUCAGUCGGGCACAACUGAAUGUACGAAAAAAAACCCGCACGCCAAUUAACGUUCUAGUCAUGGCCUUGACUUGAAGCUACAUAGCAGGUUUUUACGUCAAGAAAACUUUUUAUUUUUUUUCAUUAUGCUUGCUUACGUAGUUUUAUCAUCGUAACUUGGAACUUAACAUAUAAUAAAUAGUGAAACGUAAAAUAAUAAAUAUUUAUAACUAUAUCGCUACACUCGCUAGACGCUUUCUCUGAAAUCGGAUGAUAUUUACUAAAGUUAACUUGAAACUUUUGUCAAUAAUUAACGUAGCUAUAUGAGAAAUUCUGCAACGAACAGUUGAACGUUGUUGGAAAGUAUGUGAAAAAAUCUAUGGUUCUAUGGCAAAAA